AUGAUUAAUAAUUAGAAUAUUUUGGAAUUAUAAAUUAACAAUCGAAAUGCAUACAUUAUUUCUUUACUCUCUACUCUAAAAUUACCUCAUAAAAAUAACAAAUUAGAUAAUAAGUUAUAUCAAACUUAAAUUUCUACACACUAACUAGAUUAAGCAGUUUUAAAUUACAUAGAAUUAAUUAAGUAAAUAAAAUCAGGAGUUUUUCAAGCUCAAAUUUAAGAAGAUAUAGUUAAAUUAAUUACUGAAUAAAGUUAUAAUCUUUUUUAUUUAUGGAAAAAAAAGAAUUAAACUCUUUAUAGAAUCAUUUAAAAUUUAAUUAACUGA